CGCUCGGGCUACGUGUACCUUCGCAUAGCUUCAGUUCGGUGCUAGGAUCACAGCAGUUGGUGUUUAUCGUGUGUUUGCGGAACCAGCUUUCAAUGUGGUCCAUUUCCGGUUGGAGGUAACGAAAAUGUCCUGGCGGACAGUUGAAAUCAUUACUCUUGCCUCUAUACAAACGGUGAUUGUGAACGUGCUGCUUCUGAGUCCGCUCGCGUUCCGUCCGGCAUUGCACUGGCUUUUGCUAGCAGCAUCCUUCGCAGUCGGGCUAGUGUUGCUCAAACGGAGUAAAGGCGCCCGUUGCGUCACGAUGCUACUGGUUCCACAGUUUCUAAGCAAACGAGGUCGAGCAGCGUUGAUAGGAUACAUAUUUCUGCUUACCCUCACCGGACCGACGGCAAACACGAUGGUGAACGUGGAGGUGCUGGGGGAAACGUUGAGCUGCACCCAGGAACAGCUAAAAGCGGCCAUACGGGACACGAUCAGUGCGCUAAAGGUUCCCUUUUUGGCGAUGAAAAAGAUCAUCAACGAGCUGCUGAAAACGGUCGAGCGAUCGUUCAUGAAGGUACAGCGCAUCAUGAUGGAAAUGUUGAAGCUGGUGAAAAGGAUUUUGCACUCGAUCAAAAAAGCAUACGAUUGGCUACGGGAUAUCGUUUCCGUGUGUAACGAUAAGCUGGGAACACCUUCCGAACGGUGCCUUCACGCGCUGGACCAGGCAAUCGAUGGAUGCAAGGAGGAGAUGGGAGCCAUGGACUUUCUGUGCGAAGUGACACAGGUUGCCAAGACGGUCUGCUACGGUGCGAAGAUGGUGGACUAUUUCUGUGAGCUGAUCGAUUUCAUAAGUGACGCUGUUGUGGAGGAAAUUGAACAAGGCAUUAAAAGGCUGAUGAAUAAUUUAGAAGAGCUGUUCCGAGUGAAGGUGGAAUAUGAUCAUACGUUUGAUUUUAAAACCAACGUGUCCAAAACGCUGGCGGAAAUCAGUGCCGAUAUAAGGCAGGAAAUAGCGAACCGAACCUUACCGCUCAGAAGGACAUUCAACGUGCUGGGAAUGGUCACUAGUGGCUUUUUUAUAUGUAUUGUUUUAAGAGCAAUUCGUUACUGGAAGCGAUACUUGAAGAGGGAUCACUUUGAUAACCAUUUCCUUACAGAAGACUUCUAUCAAAUUGAAAAGCGAAGAAUGGAACUGAAGGUGGAAACAGUUUUCCCGCUCACACGAAAGGAAGCUUCUCGCUAUGUUCCGCUUACUUCGUUCCAUUUGACAUGGAAGGAACGCUUUCGGAUAGCAAAAUCAUUAACAUUUUUGCUGAUAUCUUCCGUACAAGUGUGUGGUCAGCUAGCUGCCGAUUACUCACUCUACUGGCUGCUGACGCUUAUAAAGCAUUUUUUGACCGAAGGAUCUACAAAUACUACGGCACGAUCCUCCAGCUCCGGUACGAUAACACCUCUGUCGGUAGGAGUAAGCGGAGAGGGUAUACUAGCCGACACGCUGCGCGAUAUUGUGCGUUCCUUUGAACCGAUCGUUAACGGAACGGCCAUCGAUCCUGCUGAAUGUAUCCCGGACGCGUCUACGCCUCGUUUUGCCCGUUACGGACAGAUUGUAGCAUUGCUGGCGCUCUGUUGGUGCUUUGCCUUUCUCGAACCGUACGGACUGCGCGUAAGACAGCUUGUAAUGCGACGCUACUAUCCCGCGAGGGCACGUGCGCGGGCAAUCUGGCUUUAUGGUGAUAUUUUGCUAAAGCGAGAGAGUUUGCUUAAGAUGCUGCGGCUGCAAAUUGCUGGAACGAGCAGGGAACGGAAGCAACAAGAAGCGGUAAGCUGGAUCGAUGUGGUACGGGCGAAGACGAACCGAUACUGGAUCUGUCGGACGGUACUUGGACGGGGUGAAACCGUGCGAUGUAUUCUGUGUGGCGAUGCGUUGAAUGAGCGCGACGAUCCACACGUGCGAUGUUCGCGCCCCGACUGUCCCGGGCUGUACUGUCAGGAUUGUCUGCUGGAAACGGGAAAUAAUUGUUCACUGUGUAUGGACCUGCUCGUGUCGGAGCGGAGCGGUUUCGAUGAAAUAUAUUUGGAAUAGUUUACGUUACUGAA